GGUCCCGUCUUUUGUUCCCAUUCAUAAAGCCACUUGAGGAGCCCGGAGACGCGCCGCCGUAAAAACGGUUCACACUCCCUCUGCUCAGCGAAAGGACUGCUGGCCCUUUAAGGGUUAUGUAGCAGGGGCCAGCCGAUGUAGGACGAGCCGAGCCGACCGUGCGUCUCUGCCUGUCCGCUGCCAUCCCCAUCAUGGCCUCCACACAGCCGCCACCGACGCCACCGAGGAUGCACCGAGCAGCCAGCGGCCCUUCCCUUCCCGCAGCGGAGACGGACGUCAAGCCGAAGCAGAGGCACCGGUAGAGGCGAGCCGCGCCGGGGAGAGCCGCCUCACGACCAUCCCAUGCCACCCCGGUCUCCUCCAUGCCUUCGUCUAAAGCCAAGUACAGCUAUUCGAUAAAGACGGGUGCGAACCCGGGCGGCGGCGGAGGAGGCGGCGGCGGCAGCGGCAGCAGAAACAUGACAACGAGCAGGGAUUAUUCUGUAAAUCUGUCGGUGCAGCAAGUGCUUAGCCUUUGGGUGCAGGGAACGACGCUGCAGGACUUCACAGAGAUGUGGUACUGGGUGUUCCUGUGGUGUCUCUUCUCCUCGCUCUUUGUCCACGGUGCGGUGGGGCUGCUCAUGCUAGUCAUGCUGCAGCGCCACAAGCGGGGCCGCCUCAUCACGCUGGUGCUGGUCAGCGUGGGUUUCCUGGCCUCCCUGUCCGGAGGCGCCGUCACCAGCGCGGCGGUGGCCGGCGUUUACCGCGUGGCGGGGAAGGACAUGGCGCCGCUGCAGGCUCUGGUGUUCGGCGUGGGCCAGACCGCCCUCUCCGUCAUCAUAUCCUUCUCACGCGUCCUGGCCACUCUGUGAAGACGAGCCCACGGCGAGGUGAAAAGACGGGACGCCGACAGACACGCGAGAGCAGAGACUCAAAAGCCCGCUCACCGCGGCCUGCUGUUUGUGGAAGCAGAGGAGGGAAGGGAGGCAGAGAUGCUCCGGACCUUUGGCGCUGGAUGCGGGACAGAGCGCCUCCCAGUGUCUCUGUACUCUUACUGCCACAAUCACGCUGCAGUUCAGGAGCAAAGAGCAUCGCCAGGCAGAGACUCGUCCUCGGCUUCUGGACCUGAAAGCCAUGCCUCUGUGUUUCAUGUCACUUCUUUGUGCCAAAAGCCUUCUUCCUCCGGGACAACCAGAUGCCUCUGCAGCCACUGACUCUUGAAGGCUUUGUGUUGCGCUCGUUGGAGGGGGGAGGAAAAAAAUAUAUAAUAAUCUAUUUUUAAAAAGUGACGACCCCGUAAUCAUGAUCCGAUCUGGUGAUCAAUGACGACGUUUGUGUCAAGGGAGCGACGACCCAACAGUGUUCAUCAGCAAACCUCUUUCAUCAGUGUCAAACAGCCGCCUCGUCUCUUGGGCCUACGUACAGAUUAUCACACAGUCGCUCCUUCUCUGAUGUGAAAUGACUUCAAAGCUGCAGCGUCCAACUCCGGGAGCGAGGUCAAGCUUUGAAUUUUGCACCUUGUAAAGAGAGACGUUGUGAAGACGGUGGAGGUGGAGGAGAAAAACCAGCAUCAGUGCGACGUUUUGCGUUGUCUUGUGUCGAUUUGUCGAGUGCCAACAAGAAACUCUGAGGAGGGAGACGAGAGGACCACUGUGAUGUCUCUGUACUCUGAAUAUGAAGACAGUUAGCUUAGCAUAAAGACCGGAAACGAGGAGGAACAGCUAGCCUAUGCUAAGCACCCACCAACCACCAGUAAACAUCAGUUUAUCAGAUUUAAAAAUCCAUAUAAAAAUAUAUUACAUACUGUUUCCAGUCUUUAUGCUAAGCUAAGCUAAGCUAAGCUAAUCAUCUUCCAGCUCCAGCUUCAUAUUCACAGUAGACAUCAGGGCUUCAGGGCCCCAAUUUCUUGUCAAAAUGUUCUAUCAAACUAGACGGAGCAAGAUCCUGACGAUCCCUCAGUUAGAGAUCCGAUGUUUUUUUUUUUUAAUUUGCUUUGAUUCAAGAUUCAAGCUUAAAAAAAGUUGUGCUUUUGUUGUUUUGCCGCUUGAGGUUUAGCUCUGACAUAUUUCCAAACAUACUAUCCUGUGAGGGUUUUCCGUCUGCACUGCUACUGCUACAUCCCCCAAACCCUGUGGGAAGCCGGCCGUCACCCUCUCCUCCAUGGUUCCAUCUGUCAACCCAUGUUCCUUAAGUUUAACUUUGCACGUUGCACUGGAUUUAAUCAGCCUUAGUUUUUAGCACGGUGUGCAUUGAUUCUGCUCUGGUGUGACUCAGUCCUGUAAACAAAGUCAUUACACACGGAAAAAGGUGAAAACAGGAGAGUAGAAGAAUGUGCUUGAAGUUACUGUAUUUCCUCACCACUGAUAGUUUCAAGUUUAAUGCUCAUCACUUCUUCUCCUCGAGAGUUAACGCAGGGUGAGAGGAGUGAGGUUGAAAUGCCAAAGUAUCGCUCACAUUUUUAGCUUUAUUCAUCCUGUUGUGUUUAUUCAGUCGUUUGAUUCAGUUUUUAGGAACAUUUGCACUUUGGUAUCCGGACAGUUACAAUGGUGUUUGCGUGUUUUAAAGGUAAAUUAUGUAAUGGACACAGCUCACCGUCAGUACCAGCUUAGCACACAUGAGGGCGAUAUUGCACUUAAAUGGAAGUGGCAGCAGGAGCCUGGAUGCCUGAGAGAUGAUUGUGGAUUUGCAAAGUGUUUUAAUUUAAUGAUUUAAAGAGAAAAAUAAAGUAAAAUUAAUAUUUGUAAGGGGAAAAAAAAUAAAUAAAUAAGAAGUCACGCGCCACUGUCGUUUUAAUCCACUGGAUGGUCGAAUGUUUCAGCUCUAUUUUCAGGGACCAAACUUGAGCCGCUGCUUAUGACUCACCUGCUGUCAUAGCAAUGAAAUCUGUGUGAAGCAUUUUUUUUUUUUUUUGGGAUUGGGGGGUCAGUUUCUGCAUGUUUGUACGUUUGACUCAUAGGAGACGUGAGUGGUGUUGUUGUUGUUUGGUUGUGCAUGUGCGUAGUAACGGCAUCCCCUCACUGUAAGGGUGUCGCUAAAGGACGAGGACCUAAUUAAUAGGUGGGAGACUAAUAAAAAUGUGUUUUUAUUUUCGCCAAUAAAACUGCAAGAACUGGACUCGAGUUGUUAGGUCGGUGCAUCCUCUGUAAAUAGUCGCGCUUCAACCAGGAGAGUGUGAACAAACUAACCACUGAACAGUGUUUUAAUUAAUCCACGUAUUCACACCCACGAUCAGUCAUGAUGAAUAUUACUACUCCCUGCUCCAGGUUCUGUGACUCAGACGUGGCUGUGUGAGCGUGUACCACCACAUCUAAAGAGACAACAAAUAAGAUGCCUGUAGACUUAAAAAAAAAAACAACAACAGAAAAACGCCGUCGCUCUUCGGCGAGACACCCAGCUUAGUAAUAAUCCUGUCCAAACGCCACAUAUUCAACCCCCCGGACAAAUACUGUGUAUCGGCCGAGUCUGCAGCUCACGUGAUGACGUGUGAAUGGAUACAUACAUGGACAAUCCAACCAGAGACAAUGAUGUACAAAAAAAAAGAAACAACCCAAAGUGGCACUUGUAGAUAAUGUACAAAAUGUUCUUUUUUUUAAUUUUGUACCAGCCAAACUGCUGAUAUUUAUAACUAUUGACUAUUUAUGUACAAACUGUCCUGUACAUACUCAACAGUCGGUUGAAAUAAAAAUCUUUUGCAAUAUAAA